CUAACCAAAGCAGCCAAUCUGUGAUCGCUCAUCAAAGCACCGUCCUUUCUAACAACCACCAAAAACAACCAGCUUCAACCUUCAAAGUUCAAACGCCCACUUGCUUUCAUCGCCGCUUGGCGGAGUUCACGACGCUCUGCCCCUCUCUUUCCUCUUCUAUAGAAACCCCACUAAGACCCAGCCUUUCUCUUCACCGCCGUCUCUACAAGUCCCCUAAAACUAGAAGACCAGAGACGAGUGCAACAUAAAGAAAUGGCCUUGGCCACUCAACCAGCCGCCACCGCCACCACCAACCUCCUCAACAAGUCCUUCUUUUCCUCUAAACCCCAAUCUUCCACUUCCAUUCCUUUCCCUUCUGUAAAGCCUCGUUCUUUAGUUGUGCGCAACUCCGUCACGGUGGCGCCACCUUCUCCGACGAAGAUCGCCAAGGAGUGCAAGGUCAAGUCGGUGAAGGCGAGGCAAAUCAUUGACAGCCGAGGGAAUCCCACCGUCGAGGUUGAUCUCUUCACCGAUGAUCUUUACCGGUCCGCCGUCCCCAGUGGCGCCUCCACUGGGAUCUAUGAAGCUUUAGAGCUUAGAGAUGGGGACAAGAGUGUUUAUGGUGGUAAAGGAGUGCUUAAUGCUGUUAAAAACAUCAAUGACAUUUUGGGCCCUAAGCUAAUCGGCGUUGAUGUCAGAAACCAAGAUGAAGUGGAUGCUAUUAUGCUGGAUAUUGAUGGAACUCCAAACAAGUCGAAACUCGGAGCUAAUGCUAUCCUUGGGGUAUCUCUGAGCAUUUGUCGAGCAGGUGCUGGAGCAAAAGCAGUGCCCUUGUACAAGCACAUUCAGGAAAUUUCAGGAACAAAGGAGCUUGUCAUGCCAGUUCCUGCUUUUAAUGUCAUAAAUGGAGGCAGUCAUGCUGGAAAUAAUUUAGCUAUGCAAGAAUUUAUGAUAUUGCCAGUAGGUGCAACCUCAUUUGCCGAGGCCCUCCGCAUGGGUAGUGAAGUUUAUCAUACGCUGAAGGGAAUUAUCAAGGCUAAAUAUGGACAGGAUGCUUGCAAUGUUGGAGACGAAGGGGGAUUUGCUCCUAAUGUGCAGGAUAAUAGGGAGGGACUAGUUUUGCUUAUGGACGCAAUUGAAAAGGCUGGUUACACAGGGAAGAUCAAAAUUGGAAUGGAUGUUGCUGCCUCAGAAUUUCUCACAAAGGAUGGAAAAUAUGAUUUGAACUUCAAGAAACAACCAAAUGAUGGGGCUCAUGUGCUCUCAGCUCAGAGCCUUGGUGAGCUCUACAAGGACUUUGUCAAGGAGUUCCCUAUUGUGUCCAUUGAAGACCCUUUUGACCAGGAUGAUUGGAACUCAUGGGCUUCAUUACAGUCUUCAGUUGAUAUCCAACUUGUUGGGGAUGAUUUGUUGGUCACAAACCCAAAGAGAAUUGCUGUAGCAAUUCAGAAAAAGGCUUGCAAUGGUUUACUUCUCAAGGUUAACCAGAUUGGCACAGUGACCGAGUCCAUUAGAGCAGCACUCGACUCAAAAGCUGCAGGUUGGGGUGUGAUGGUCAGCCACCGAAGUGGUGAAACCGAGGAUAACUUUAUUGCCGAUCUUUCUGUUGGCUUGGCUAGCGGACAGAUCAAGACUGGAGCUCCUUGCAGAAGUGAGCGAUUGGCCAAGUAUAAUCAGCUUCUGCGGAUUGAAGAGGAACUUGGAAAUGUUCAUUAUGCCGGUGAAGCUUUCAGAUCCCCUUAGGACAGAGGGGGAGCUCAGUUUCAUGGCAUAGGAUAUUCACCUUGGAGAAUUUACAAAAAAUUUUGGCAGAACCAGGCAACAUAGAUGUGAAUUAAAAACACAAUUAUCUAAUUACUUUGGCAUUAGAAACCACAUUUUCUCAAAAUCUUGAAAGAAGUAAGUGUGCCUCUGAAUAAGGAAGUCUGAAUCUGAAUGGUGUUUCCAGAUCUGCGCCACUACUUGUUGUAAUUUUAUGUACCCUUAUAUAAUGAUAAUGGAUUUGGCAAAUGGGAACUCAUUUUCAAUUA